AAAGGUCGGUUUUAAAUAACUUCUAAUUAUAAAUUUGUCAUUUACUUUUUAGUCAUUUGAAGAGUAAAUGCGAACAAAUAUAAUUCGAAUUUAUGGAGCAGACAUUAGAUUGUUCAAUUAAUUAUUGAGAAAUAUAUUGAGCAUAUUUGAUUAGCUUUUCGGCGAUCUUAACCUCACUUUUUUUCAGACGGCUGGACGCGUGUUUCAAAAUUUCACAAAAAACAGGGAAAGCGUUCCGUACCAACGUGUUUUCGUAUCAACAUGAGUUUAUAUUGUUGGGGUGCUAACAGUUAUGGUCAGCUAGGAUUGGGCUAUAGAUCUGACGAAGAAAUAACGCCAAAGGAAAUUCCACUCAAAGACUGUGAUUUACGAGCUGAGAAUAUCGUUUCCAUCGCCGGAGGAGCGGGCCAUACACUUAUACUAGACAACCAAGGAUUCGUGUAUUGCUGCGGAUGGAACUCGAAAGGUCAAUUAGCUUUAUCCGAUGAUACGCUGAAAUUCAGCCAAAUAGAAAUCCUAAAAGAAUUCAAAGUGGUUCAGAUAUCAUGCGGCUGGGAUUUCAGCGCUGCCGUAACAGAAUGCGGCAAACAGUUCGUGUGGGGCAACAACGGGAACACCCAACUGGGCUUGUCUAAGAGCAUAACUUGCACCGGUAUCCCAUCGAGGCUGCAAGUAUCCCAGAAACUGGCCACCGGUUUCAAGCACGUAAGUUGCGGUUUACGUCACACCGCUAUGAUCACGAAGGACGGGGGGCUGGUCGUAGCGGGCACGGGAGCCAAAGGCCAAUUAGGUUUAGGCGACAACUUCGACGAUAACAACUAUCUAAGUAUAUCGAGAGUUCCUGAUCUCAGUGAUGUCAUAAGUGUAGCGAGCGGCCAGCAUCACACGGUGGUCCUUAUAGACAACGGUACUGUACUUAGCUGGGGUGAGAACAAGUUCGGACAACUUGGUGUUGAUCCAAACGUCGCCAACAGUUUCGUACCAUUGGAGGUUUUCAACAAUGAAAGUUUGAAGACUGUGUAUGCUGGUUGGACCCACAGUGCUGCACUGACUGACAACGGUGAGGUCUAUAUGUGGGGCAGGAAUUCUUACGGUCAAUUGGGAUCGCAAAGAGACGUGCCAUACAAGAUCGAAAAGGUCCCAUCGCUAAGUAACGUUAGUCAGUUGAGUGUCGGUUCUGAGCACAACCUGGCCAUCACCAGUGAAGGAAAAUUGUUGGCUUGGGGCUGGAACGAGCACGGCAGUUGCGGUACCGGUGAUAAAAAGGACGUUAAAGUACCAACUCAGAUUCUAGCUAAUAAGAAAGUAAAGUCGGCUUUUGCUUGUACUGGUAGUUCUUUUGCUGUUGUUGAAUAGUAACAAAAAAAACCUAUAUUUUCUUCUUACAAUUAAAAUUUGUGGAUCUUUCAUGUUCAUAAGUAUUUUUUUUUAUAAAAAGUUGAUUUCUAUUAAUUGUAUUUCUGUAUUUUUAUAAUAAAAGUGUUGCUUUAUAUUGAUUACUUUCCUUUUUUUUGUUGGUAACAGUGCUUUCGGAUUUUUGUUUGUAUCGAAAUGUUAGUUGACAUUGGCUUUUUUGUCACACACUCAAGUUUUGUAAAAUCUCAAUGAUGUUGAAUCAGUUUCGAUCGAGAAGUAAUUGGUAAAUAUUUUUAUACACAAUUUUUAUUAUUGUAAAUAGUUGACUAACAAAUUUUAUAACGAAAUUCAGCACAAAUUUCUAUUUUAAACCAGUAAUUGUAUUUGGCCGUUUUUAAACGAAUUCUUAAUUAAAGAUCUA